AUGUCAUCACUCGCAGUGAGAUCAUUGAAAAAUGGUUUGGGUUUGAAAAACUCAAUCAGAACUUUAUCUUCUACGUCAUCCCAAUUGUCUAACUAUCAACAACCUGACUUUUCCUCAUACUUAAACCACAAGAGCCCACAAGGCAGCAGAAAUUUUACCUACUUCAUGGUUGGUUCUAUGGGUUUGUUGUCUGCUGCUGGUGCAAAGUCCACAGUCGAGUCAUUCCUUUCGUCAUUUGCUGCAUCCGCUGAUGUUUUGGCUAUGGCCAAGGUUGAAGUCAAAUUGGGUGCCAUCCCAUUGGGUAAAAAUGUCAUUGUUAAAUGGCAAGGUAAACCAGUCUUCAUUAGACAUAGAACUCCAGAAGAAAUUGAAGAAGCCGAAGAAGUUGACGUAUCAAAAUUGAGAGAUCCACAAAAAGAUGCAGACCGUGUCAAGAAACCAGAAUGGUUAGUCAUGUUGGGUAUUUGUACACAUUUGGGUUGUGUUCCAAUUGGUGAAGCAGGUGAUUUCGGUGGUUGGUUCUGUCCAUGUCAUGGUUCCCAUUAUGAUAUCUCAGGAAGAAUAAGAAAAGGACCAGCACCUUUGAACUUGGAAGUGCCUGAAUACAGUUUCCCUGAUGACGAUACAUUGACUGUUGGUUGA